UGUCUAAAGAGCCAACUAUGCUCACAGUAUACCAUUUGACAGAUCACGGAGUUAACAAGACAAUUGAAUCUACUGAUAAAACUGAUUGGUAUAGAGGUUGUCUGUAGCUAAUAAGCCCUUGUUUAUACAGCAUCAAAUCAGUCCAAUUUGUGGAUUUCUAGUCUCCAAAUUGAAUAGUUUCUUUUAACUUAACAAGCAUAUUCAUACGUGAUCACAGAGAAAACAACCAGCGUAUAAAUUGACUUGACCUUCCAGACAGUUCUUCACUCAACAUGGGGAUUCCACCAGGGUUGGUAUUGGUGGUACUGUCGAUUCUCUUUGCGGUUCCUUUGAUCCAUUCCAUAGAAGGAGGAACUGGACGUAGAGGACAUGUGCUGAACACGGGUGAUGUUGGUUCCCAAGUUCUGUUCAACGUAGACAACUCCGGUAGAGGAUCUGGUGACGGAGGAGAUCGUGGAAGUUUACCCUGCGAGAUGAUCAUGCGGGAGUGUAACUGUAAGGUACCACCGGGAAGCGAGAAGUUCGAGGGUGAUUUCGGCCCUGUAACUGUCAAGUGGACACGACCUCCCAGACGCAAGCCCGAAUACAUAUUUUAUUAAACAUUCUAAUAUUCACUUCCCAUUUGUAUUGAGGAAUCUGAUACUUUAUAACCAAGUUUAUUGUAAUCUUAAUAAAUAGUUACAAAAAUAAAAUAUUUGUUUGUGAA